UUCAAGUUCAACAUGAUAACGCCAUGAUUGGAUGCAGUCAGCAUCAAACUUUCUUGCUAGUACCCUUCCCGGGGCCGUUGGCGGGUAGCUUUUAUAUUUUUUCUCGAGACUUACGAGAUAGUCAUAAGAUUAUGAGAGGUCAAAGUUCGCUGCUACGUGAGUAUGUAACCGUUGGGAGAGAUCGCUCGAUGAGUCGAAGGGCAGCAGUUGCAGCUGGCGAGUUCUUGUGGGAAUGAACCACCGAGGAAGACUUGGAAUGUUCGCACUUAGCCGAAAGAUCGUAAUUAUCGUGUGAAAGUAGUAGUUAUAGUUUUGCUCAUUCGCAUUCGAAAAAAAUCUAUCAUCAACAAAACUUUUUUCGAUAGCGGACAAGAGGUUUCGUGCUGGGAGCUUCGUUGAAGUUGUCAGCCAGAGAGAAAAAUGCAGUUCACACCGCAGCAGCUCGUCGGCGGGAGCCGGUUUUCGAACCGGACCCGCCUCGGAAACUGGUCAGAGGAUACGGACUUGGACCAGCUCAAAUUGAAGGAUUACCUCAUGAAGAAGGAGGAGGGCGACCUCUUGGUCAACGCAAAGCAAAAGAAGUAAAAUGCUGCUUGUUGGUUCUCAUGCAUCGGGUAUGUUGGACUUGGAUGCGUGUUGCUGUUGCAAGUGCAAUCGAUGCAAAUUGUAAAUGCCGACGGUGGUCGUGCUGUUUGGUAAUUGCGCUUGAAAAAAUCACGGAGCCGAAACUCAAUAUCGGCGUCUAUGGCAAAAAUCACGAAACUACCCCUGCAGGUUAGAAGCGGCACUCGGGCCCGUGACUUUGACGCCAGCACCUGAGGACAAGAUUAUCAAAUUUGGCUCCACCGUAAUGCUCGUCAACCACAAGUCAGAAGGUGCUUCCACUUUCUCGAAAAUAAGUGAGUCGCUUCGAUGCGUCUACAUCCACUUCAGGUGGGGAAUCUAAAUGGAUGCGAUGCAUGGCAAGAAAUAGACCUGUAUGUGUAUCAACGAGAAUAUCUCAUAAACAAAACAGCUUUCCUCUCGGUGAACCCAUUUGAGACUGUGCCAAAGGAGGAAGUUUGCCGGCCUGUCACCACAUCAAUGAACGCUGCGCCAUGCAACCGAAACACUUUUAUCAUCACCCGCGCAAGACAAAACGACGGCUUCGGUGACUCGGAUGUGUUGCACUACGGGCAAGAUUUCUGCCUCCGAUUAGAAUCCUUCGGCGCGAUCACCGUCCCACAGUACUUCUCCUAUUUGCACAAUUAAUGAAUACGCAUACCUCGUCAUGGGUUAUUAUUUCGUGAAGUAGUAUCUUUUCCUUUACCUUUUCUCGUGCAACUCUGCUGCCGCGUGUUUGCGAUUGAACCGAGGUGCACAAAAAUGAUGCUCUCGGUAUGAAAAAUUGCACAGCUUUCUCCAGUCAGAGGCGAUCACGCCACUCGCGGCCUCCAAGUUUUCACGAAAACAGGAAGUAGUCAUGUUCCCAAGCCAGGGAGGCAAGUGCCUCUUCCAAAUGUGCUGGCCAGAUGUGAAGGUACCGAGUCUAAAAAUUUUGAUUUGGUUUUUAAUGGAUUUGUGGAAGGCAAGGAGAAGGUGGCGCUGAGAUAGUCUGUGGCAUAUCUGCCAAGCCUACCCUACUCGGGAUCAAUUACGAGCGUAGGGCAUCACGACCAAACAAUACAACAGCAACGCUUCGAGAUGGAGGGACAGGCUGUCGCUUGCGAUGCACCCUUGUGCAUUCGCCAUGUGCACACGGGUAUAUUUUUAUUUGGAGACUUCGCUUUUGCUAGCACAUACUGAUACUCUCUCGUGUUGUGUGCAAAUGGUCACGAGAUGAAAUCCAUGUCUGUCGAAGUCGAAUUCCAAUUGAACCACUCAAAAUCACAACCAAAACAGGUUCGUUCCUCGCCUCCGACAAGAUAGUUUACCAGAAUAUCUUCGGACCAGAAUUUGAAGUCCACUGCCACAACUACGUGUCGACCAACAAGACGCAAAACUUGUGCUCGGAGCAGAAGGGCAUGAUUACUGGUAUCUUGAAACUUGUCUCGAUUCACUGUUUUCUUGAUGCAACGAGUAGAACUAGAAGUCGUGUAUCAUGUACAUGUAAAUGUGGAUGUCCUGGCUUGGCGUCCGUGCCACCGAUGAAACAACUACAAGGGUGAUGCUCAAUUCUCCAUCCACCGCAGGUGAUUAUCCAUUACGGCGCCAGGGCAUUCCCAACGUGUGGACCGUGGU